UCUUGUUUACUAUAAAAGAUUAUUGGCAUUUACAAGUUCUUCUUUAGUUCUUGAACAAUUGUAAAACACACGUAGUUUUUUGUGUGUGCAGUUCAGAUGUAGAUUUUCAAAAGCAUUCAUUGUUUACAAUGGACCUUUAUCGACCCAGAGGCACUUUGGCACGUGUGAUUCACGCAAAAUUCCAUAAUGACAAUUUUCUGGAGAAUAUAGACACCCAACAGUGGUAUACAUUAAACGGCGAGUUACCUCACAAAUUCCAAUCAAAGUUUGUUGCUCUCAAGCAGCCCGACACAACAACAAUAAGAUGGCUGGAACGGACCAAAAUGUUAUCUUCCAACAUAUGGAUGCAUCUUUGGCAUGCCUUGGCCAGAUCUGUGCUGCAGUUUUUUAUGACGCAAACAGAUAUUAACGGGCUCUUAAAACGUGGAUCCAUGUUUAUUUUGUCAGAAGAACAAUUUUACAAACUUUUGGAGGCUGGCGGCUUUCCAACGAGAUUUUCAACUGAUACGAUAACAUUGUUGGACAUUGGUGCCGGCGACGGUGAAGUCUCGCUGCGUGUGGCAAACAGUGUGGCCGAAUUAAGUGGAAAUGCUGUGCUGCAAGUAUUUGCAACUGAAGCUAGCUGGACAAUGCGAGAGAGACUGAAGAAGCUUAACUUUAAUGUUGUUACUGAGAUACGUGAGCUGAAAAACGUUGAAUUAAUUCUAUGUCUCAAUGUGCUCGAUCGAUGCUUUGAUCCCUUUGCACUUUUGCAAGAUAUACACACUGCAUUAGCUCCUAAUGGACGAGCUGUGGUUGCCUUAGUGCUUCCAUAUAUGCAUUACGUUGAAACAAACACAUCGCAUUUACCUUUGAGGCCUCUAUUGGAUAAUCCGAACAAGGGAAACGGCCGUGGGGGCCUAACAUUCGAGGAAGAAGCAACACUGUUUUUAGAAUUACUCGAAAACUCUGGUUUUCGCGUGGAGUCCUGGACAAAGGCCCCGUAUUUAUGCGAAGGAGACCUUCGACAAUCAUUCUACUGGUUAAUUGAUUUAAUUGUUGUACUUUCCAAAAAGCCUACUUAAAACUACCUAUGUAGUUAUAAUAUAUUUGCAUUUAUGCUUUAGUGGUACAUUUAA